CUAGUAUUAGCGCCCAGACUGAAGGACCAUGACUUUCUUCAUUUCUUUUCGGGCAUCUUUCGAUCUGUUGAUUUUUGCUCACAAUUGACUUCCACAGCACCAACAACUUCAGAAUUCUUCGAGGGUGUUGCUACAUACUCUAGCUAGCUAGAAAGUCACAAGAACCGAAGAUGCAGCUUUCCCUGUUCAGCAUCGCUAGCCUCGUGCUCAUCGCUCCAUCUCGUGCUCUGUGGCAUUGGUAACCGAGCUGUGAGGAUUCGGAUGAAUCUUUCCGUGAUUAUUAUGAAGACGAUCGCGACCACAUGUUCUCCGGUGGCAUUAGAGAAGAGUAUAUGACGACGAAUGUUACUCUGGACAAGGUUCCCAUGGAUUGCCGUUCCUCUGAUCCGAACUACGUCGCUACUUCGGGGGCCUGGGCAAAGCUGUAUAUCUCGAGCCCCUGGGCCGAUGCCUUGCCUUCCCUUGAACUCAAGCUAAAAGCCGGUGGCUAUGAAGAAGCCAUGAACUUUACGAUCAGCGUCUUGGAAGGGAACUGCGAUGGCACAGCUUUUACCUGCUUGGGGUUUGACGAAAUGUACGGGUAUAACACGGACAAGACUAUUUUUCUGAACUUCACAGUCCAAACCAACACUUCUUGCUACUUUUUGGUUACAACGCCCGAUCCCGUGGUGGAAGAUACUGGAUCGUACAGCAUUUGGGCCAGGGAUGCCAAAAACGGAUGCGAGUACUGGAAACACGAGGCGGAGCUCAUCGGGGAGAUGAAAUAUACUAACCAGCCCUGGAAUCCCUCUUGCUCCCCCUGCAUUCAAACGGAAGAAUUUGCCGACACCAUUUACACUUCUGGAUCCGGCGAUCUCUAUACCACUACUUGUACCGACGCUUGCACCCAGUGCUACGAGAAUAUCACCUCCCCAUCGUACAACGGCACCUUUGCUACAACAUGUCACAGCAAGUCACAUUUCAGACUGACCCAGAUUACCAAAACUACAACCAAGAUCCCAUGAUCUACAAUGAGUGUUACACGUUCCACGACGACGGCAACCAGAUCUGCCACCACAGCAGCGUCAUCCAGGGCACUCAGAUUAACGACUUUGUAAUCAAUGG